CGGCGCCGAAUCCAUGGCUAAAGCUAUCAAGCAGCGCGUCUACCAUGGGCAGCACGUGAUGCCAACCUUCGCCCGCCCCCACCCCGAGUGCCCAAGGACUACGACAUUUUCAUUGGAAUAUCAACUUACCGCGACGGCCCGCGCUGCGGCUUCACCCUGUACACAGCGUUUUCCCGAGCCAAACACCCCGAACGCAUCACGAUUGGAUUGGUCGAUCAAACCCAGGACGACGACACGACGUGCGUCGACGAGUAUUGCAAGUUGGCCGAGGCCUCGGAUUGGAAAGAGUGCAAGUUCAAAAGCCAAAUUCGCGUCGAUGCGAGGGACUCGCGGACGUCCAAAGGGCCGACGCUGGCGCGGUGGCAGCAGCAGCAACUCAUUAAGGACGAAGAGUUCUGUCUGCAAAUUGACGCGCACAGCCAGUUCCUUCCCAACUGGGAUGUCGAGAUCGUGGACGAGUGGCUUCGAACGGACAACGAAAUGGCCGUCUUGACUACGUAUCCUAUGAACUAUUCUUUCAUGGGCGAAGGUCUGACCCACCAAACGCGGUACAGCUCGCACUUGUGCAACUAUCUGAAGCGCACACAUGUACAAGACAUCCCCAUCAUCCGGGGGAUGAUGCUGAUUGAAGACAGCGAGUUCCCACAAAUGGCGGCGUUGUGGGGUGGGUGCUUAUCCUUUAGCAAGUGCCACGCCGAGCGCCGCGCUCCCAACGACAAGCACAUGAACUGGGUGUUUUGGGGCGAAGAGUACCUUCGCAGCAUGCAAUUGUGGACCCGUGGCUACGACCUGUACUCGCCUUCCAAGUACGGCCACGUCGUCUUUCACAACUGGUCGGACGACAAGGGGAUGAAGAAGCGGUUCUGGGACAAUGUGACGCAAGUGAUGACCCGGGAAGAGCACGACAUGGAAGAGAAGCUUGCGUACAAUCGAUUGCGAAUGGUGCUGACACUGCCGUUCAAUGGCCCGGUCGACGCCCAAGAGAUCGACAAAUUUCACGGAGGCAAGGUCCGGUCGGUGGAGCAGUUUCUCCAGUUUUCUGGCAUUUCCAACACAAAUCCAGCCUUGGACGAGUUUCGAUGUGAACAAUUACACUGGGUCCCGUACGCCAUCCCUGAAAUCAUCGAAGAAUUUCUGCCAGGCUGGAGAAUGCGCCCCGCGUUGCAAAGCAAUGGCGGCCUCUUGAAUGCGACGGACGACAUGCCUAAUAGUGUCAACGGGUCGUGGCGGGAGCGCGAGAAGGAUUUGAUCCAACGUGUCCUGGACAAGCUUGAAGCCUUGCAAACACCGAAUGCUGAGUCGUCCCAAAUGCUUCACGAGAUUCAACGUGACGUCAGCCUUCUCACACAUCCUCAUCAAAGCAUGUGGCCGUUGGCAUUUGUGUGGCUGGGAAUGCUGUCGGUGUGGCUUAUAUUCCGGCGCACGCGAUCGCCGUAUGCGCCAGUCCCGACAACGGCAGGGGCGUAGGUAAUCGAGUGUGUUGUGUAGUGCCUGUGAUGACGUAUAAUGCGAAGUCGACAGGCGUACUCCAUGGCCAUGAUGUCGAAUUCAAGCGUGCAUGUCGAGUUGCUGCGAACUGAGUCUAGCUCUGGCGAAGUUGCCCGAACAGACGACCAGCCUAUGCUGCAAUCCCUCGAUAGUGGAUGAAUAGGUAAGGCACUAGUGUUACGAAGCGCCAUCCGAGAACCGGUAAGGAAGUGCAUUAAGACCAUGAG